AUGGCCUCCUCCCCAGUGACCAUAGCCCAGCUGCCCAAUGAAAUCAUCUCCUACAUCCUCGACUUCCUCGACACGCCCUCCGACUUCGAGCAUCUCCAGUAUGAAGACCCGGCCUUGAUCCCGGAACCCAAGUCCUCCGACUCCUCCCGCGGCGACCUCAAGAGCGCGUCCCUCGUCUGCCGCCUCUGGAGGCGCUGCACCCUGCCUCUCCUGUUCCGCAACGUCAUCUGGAGAUUCCAGCACAUCAACCGUCCGCCUCCCGGUCAAGAUCCGCUGAGCACGGUUGAAGGGCUCGACUUCCUGCGCUUCCUGGUCCACUCCGGGCUCGACCAAUGCGUCCAGAGCCUGACCAUCAUCAUUGACUAUCCCACGUCCGCCAUUGGCGACGACCUGAGCCACUACAACAACUGGGGUGUCCUGCCCAGUCAUGUGCCCUUCCCAAUCCUCACGGAGCGCGACGACGAUGUCACCAUCGAGCCCGGUUCAAACCCUCGCCCCAAGGGUCAGUCCAACAACUGGCUGUGGGAGACCAUCUUUGACCACCUGGACCUGCUGAGCAUCAACCUCGUCAGCUCCCCGGCCAUCCUCGCAUCGCUGCUGGGUCGGCCAAUGGACCUCUCUGGAUGCUGGAUCUUUCGCCAACGGUUUCACAUCCUCUCCCUCUCGAGACCGGCAAAGUCUAUCCAGAAACUCGCCGCUCCACCCGCCACCUCGACACCACCGGCAAGCACAGGACCCAGGCCCAGGAUCAAGACGAGCGUCCCCUGCAAUCUGUUUAGCAUCCGUCCUUGGGAGUCGAUGCUCCUCAACGAAGGCUCUUCUGUUAAGGUCUACACAACAUACGAGUACUUCAACCACGUGCCCCCGUCCCUCCUGCACGCCCUGCUGGACACGGGCGACGAAUCCAUGCAGUACUUUCUGCAGAACACGCUCCGCUCCUUUUCCUACAUCGCCAUCUUCCCGCUCGCCACCCACAUCAACCACGACCUGAUCCACCGCAUCCCGGCCCUGGAGAGCUUCUACAUCCAGAUCGUGCCCCGCGCACCGAGCUUCGCCGGGGACGACUACCGCCAUCCCGCCAUGGACAUCUCCGACCUGUGGAUGGAGCGCAACACGGCCUACGCUUCGCUCAUCAUGGCCAUCUUCGACCCGCCCCCGCUGGGCUCUUGGAGCAGCCUGCAGUACUUUGAGUCUGGCGACGCCAUUGACAGGGAGGCGUGGGAACAGGCCGUGCGGUAUGUCAUUUUCGCGGCGGGCGCGACGUGGAAGGUCGCUGGCGAGGGCAAGUUUGUCCGGAGGAGGGACAAGGUGCCCAUGGCCAUUCACUCGGCCGCUAUGGUGUAA